AUGUCUGACGCGUCUGAUGACACUGAAAUAGAUGAUGACAGUUAUCUAGAGGAUUUCUUGAACACCACUGUAGACACACAUAAGAAAGAGAAGGCUUGUGUGCAUCCAAUGGACGUUCAGAUGGCAGUAUUUCACUGCUCAGACAGCUUCCUUAAACAGAUGAUGAUUACGAAGCUCUCUCAGUGUCAGUAUGCCUUACCUUUGCUUGUUCCUGACCCAGUCACAAAGGAGAUUCAGUUUCCUCUGUGGACUUUCAGAGAAAUAACAAAAACCUGGAAGGUAAAACAGUGUGAUUCAGACAUUGUCACCAUGAAGAGUGUUCCAGUCUACAAAGCUGAAACACCCUUGGUGUCAUUUUUCCGCCUGGGUUCUUUGUCAGUGUCUAAAUCUCAGCUGAUGAACACUUUGAACAACCGUCACGACACCUUCUUCCACAGAAACUGCCCAGGAAGCACCAAGUCUCGCUAUUUGAUGGAUGGUGUGGCAGAGAUUGCCUGGUACUGCCCUGCUGGAAAACCCAGUGAUGCCUUCAAUGACUGCAUUGCCUUCUGUAAUCUCCAUGGUGAUGCUCUGUUGAAUAAAAAACAGCGUGACAUACUGAUUGAAAAAUCUUCAGUCAGUGUUUUUCUUGUGGCAUCUCUGCAAAGAAAUAUAGAAAUUCGAUCUUUAAUAUCAUCUCAUUUGAAGGCUGAGAAGCCUCUCAUUUGUUUGAUUGUUGAUGACAGCUGUGAUGCUGUUAAGACAAAAAAGGGAAAGUAUAUAAUGGGCCUCAAAGACAGAAACCACUCAGAUGUAUCUGAACAGCUGAAAAUGAUCAUUAGAGAGGUUUUGUUUUCUCUUGAUGGUCCCAGCUUGAAACCAUCCUUCCAGCUUGAAACCAUGGCUGAGCUCUCUGAAAUCAGAGUGGAUGAAACUGACCCAGCCUGUCAAAGAGGGAAAUCUGCUGCUAUUAAAAUAAACAAUCUGCUAAAAAAGGAUAACAUGGAUGUCUCAAAGAUCAAAGAUGAUUUUCUCCCUUGUCAAGGCCAACUGUGGCAUCAGUGGAGCAAAAUACACAGAGAACUGUUUCAUCUAAGAGGAGAAAUUGAAAUGGAGAAAAGUAAAAGGGAUAAGGAACUGAUGGGAAUACGUGAGAAACAAUGUGCUGCUUCCUGCAGUGAACUGAUGCAGUUGUUCAUUGGAAGUCUCUCAUCAUUGCCACCAACAGACAGAGCGCAUUUCCUAAAAUGGACUCAGAUCUUCAUAGAUGCCCUCUCCACAGAUGAUCUUUCUUCAAUUCUACAAAGUUAUGAUGAAAAGUGGUCUGAGGUCUUGGUUUUGACGAACAAACAGGACAAAUCAGAUCUGUUAUUAAAAACACAAACUGAACUUGAAGACAUAUCAAAAAAACUUCAGUCUGUAACUUUUGGUUUGGAGCACAUCUUCAGAGAAAUGGGACAGAUCUAUGAAGCCCAUAAAACAACACAAAGAGAGAACAAACACUCUGACUGGUCUAAAUACCCUGAGCUGGCUGCACAGCUGAUGAUAUCAGGACACCCGAUGGAGCUGAUAGAUGGUGAUGCAGGUCAUGUGCCUUUAACAUGGAUCUCCAGUCUUUUAGACGAAGUCAUCAAGAAACUGGGGGACCAGAGAGUUUUUGUGUUGUCAGUUUUGGGCCUACAAAGCAGUGGAAAAUCAACAAUGCUGAACACCAUGUUUGGGCUGCAGUUUGCAGUGAGUGCUGGCAGGUGCACCAAAGGUGCCUUCAUGCAGCUGCUCAAAGUAUCAGAGGAGAUGAAGAAAGACUUGAAGUUUGACUAUGUUGUAGUGGUGGACACUGAAGGACUGCGUGCUCUUGAGUUAGAAGGUAACAACACUCUUCAUCAUGACAAUGAACUGGCAACACUUGUUGUUGGUCUGGGAAAUCUGACACUGAUCAACAUCUUUGGAGAGAAUCCGUCUGAGAUGCAGGACAUCCUGCAGAUUGUUGUUCAGGCUUUCAUGAGGAUGAAGGAAGUUAAACUUUCUCCCAGUUGUGUGUUUGUUCACCAGAAUGUCACAGAUGUUGCAGCAGCAGAGAAAAACAUGGAUGGAAAGAGACGCCUGCAGGAAAAACUGGACCACAUGGCCAAACUAGCAGCCAAAGAGGAAGUUUGUAAUGCAGAGUGCUUCAGUGAUGUUAUUGAAUUUGAUGUUCAGACAGAUGUGAAAUACUGUGCCCAGCUGUGGGAGGGCAGUCCACCCAUGGCUCCUCCAAAUCCAGGUUACAGUGAGAGCAUCCAGGAAGUGAAGAACACCAUCCUCUCUAAAGCUUCAAAGUCUGCUGGGAUCACUCUCUCACAGUUCAAAGGCAACAUUGAGGACUUGUGGACUGCACUGCUGAAUGAAAGUUUUGUUUUCAGUUUUAAAAACACACUUGAAAUUGCAGUGUACAGAAAACUGGAAGUUCAGUAUGGGAGCUGGAUCUGGACCCUGAGGGGCAACAUGUUGACCAUUGAAAACCAACUUCAUAACAGAAUUGAAAAUGGAAAACUUGAUGAGGUUGAACAGUCUUAUCUUUUUAAAGAAACAAACAAAACAUAUGAAGAAGUCAGAAAAGAAAUGACAAAGUACUUUGAGGAUGACAAGGAGAAAGAGAUCUUGGCUCAGUGGAGAGGACGAUUUGAAAUCAAAAUGAAAGAAUUUCGUGAUGAACAUGCAAACAGAGUAAAAAUAAAACUGGAUGGCAUUAUCCAGCAGAAGAAAGGUCGUAAAAUGAUGGAUGAUAAGAAAUCAGAGUUUGAGAACAAACUGCUACAGAAGAGCAAAGAGCUCGCUCAGAAACUGAAGGAUAAGGCCAAAGAUGAAAAGGAGCUUGAGAGACAGUUCAGCUCUGUUUGGAGCAGCUGGGUUACUGAAUUAACAGCAGAUACAAAACCUGUUGAAAACAUCAACUUGGAAAAAGAUCAGUUAACGAUCCUUCAGGAACUUGGUUUUGAGCCAGCUCUCGUAGAUAAAUGUAAAACAAGUGGAAAAUACAAGAAAAUAUCAGACGUUGGUGAUUAUUCAGUUUAUAUGAUGACAAGUAGUAAUCAGUUGAUUGGUUUUGUAAAAAAGUUUAUUUCAAGUGGUUUCUCCCAUGAAGAACAACAACAGAUCGGAUCGUUCAUUGACAAAGCUGAAAAAGACUCACUUGAUGCAAUCAGAAGCAAACCUGAAGAGAUAGAAAAAGGAUUUACAUCCAUCACUGAGCAGAUGAGCAGCCUGUCACUGUAUAAGCUGAAGGAAUCCAGGCAGAAGCCUGAAGAAAUCCUCAUAGAUCAGCUUUGUAACUGCUGCUGG